GGUCUUAAAACAUGAGGGGAGGUGUGGGAGGCCCCUGGGCUGUCCCCACCGACCUGCUGGAGAGGGCAGGUUAGAAGCUGUGGAGGAGGAUUCCCAGGCUCUGUGGCUGAAGUCAACUCCACGGCCCAAGUUCUCGGUCUGCCUGCUAGGGGACCAGCAGCACUGCGAUGAGGCCAAAGCGGUUGACAUCCCUCACAUGGACAUAGAGGCUCUGAAGAAACUCAAUAAAAACAAGAAGUUGGUGAAGAAAUUGGCUAAGAAGUACGAUGCCUUCCUGGCUUCCGAGUCCUUGAUCAAGCAGAUUCCUCGAAUCCUGGGUCCAGGUCUGAACAAAGCUGGCAAAUUCCCUUCUCUCCUCACUCACAAUGAGAACCUGGUUGCCAAGGUUGAUGAGGUCAAAUCUACGAUCAAAUUUCAGAUGAAGAAGGUGCUCUGUCUUGCUGUGGCUGUCGGUCACGUGAAGAUGACAGAGGAUGAACUUGUCUACAACAUCCACCUGGCCAUCAACUUCCUGGUGUCCUUGCUGAAGAAGAACUGGCAGAACGUGCGUGCUUUGUACAUCAAAAGCACCAUGGGGAAACCCCAGCGCCUGUACUAAUUAGGUGGCAAUAAACUUUUAGGACAGCUUA